AUGUCAAGUUAUUUACUGCAAUCUAGAGCGGACAGUACAGUUACAAAAUAUAAAAACUCAUACAAUCAGUUCCAGCGUUAUUGUCAGGAAAACGACUUUAUUUCCAUGCCAGCCGAAUCUAUAUGUGUAGCGAUGUAUCUGACUCACCUACUUGACACGGGAAAAUCAGACAAUGUAGUUACAGCAGCAUUAUAUGGUAUAAAGUGGGCGCACAAUUUAAAUGACUGUAAUGACCCUACAGAAAGUAAACUAGUGAAAACUUUACAUGACACUGCAAAACGAAUUGCUUCAAAGCCAGUUAACAAGAAGGAUAUAGUUAGCAGCGAAAUGUUACAAACUUUAUGUAAAAUUUUUGCUGAAAGUUCAGAUGUUGUAGAUGUAAGAGAUCUUGGAAAUGAACUUCAUGUAGAGGCAUAG